AUGGUGGAGCCGGAGGCUUCGCGCGGCCGUGCCAGUUUCUGGACUCAGGCUGAUGCUCUACUCAGAAAGAACUUAACCUACCAGAAACGGAAUGCCAAGACGAACUGUCGUCUCAUUUCAUUUCCAUUCAUACUAUGCAUUCUCCUUGUUCUUGGUCAGAAUCUGGUUAAUAAGCAGUUAGACAACGAGAAGUACAAGUGUGGCUGUGCAUGCGUUGAUACAAAUGGCGAUGGGAAGUGCGAGGAAGUUUGUGGGUUGCAGUACUCAAAUUCGGAUCAAGCUGCCUCCUGCCCUAUUACAAAUCCCCCAGAAUGGCCUCCCAUUUUACAAGUUCCUGCACCUGAGUAUCGAGCAGUGAAAUCUAGUUUCAUUCCGUUUAGAGACUUGCCAGAUGAGUCUUGCCGACUCAUGGGGAACUGUCCUGCAACUGUGCUUGUCACGGGGAACAAUCGGUCUCUUGGAGAAAGUGUGGCUGGAAACAUGUUCAGCAGUUCUCCCAGAGUCAACUUCUCAACCAUGACAGACCUUUUAGCCAGCUCAGUAAUUGGAUCAGAUACAGAGACUGAAUCCAAUAAUUUUGUUGACCCUGCUUUUAUUGAUGAUUCUCCGCUUUACAAUGUGCAACCUCAGUGUGGAACUAAUUCUUCAUUCUCUCUGAAUCUCAGUUUGCCAAUCAUUGAUUUCCAGAAAGAGGUGCAAUGUGUUCAAGGUCUGCACUUGUGGCGCAAUAGUGCAUCUGAUAUAAAUGAUGAGCUAUACAAAGGUUAUUACAAGGGGAAUCCAGAGGAGAAGAUAAAUGAGAUACUUGCAGCAUAUGAUUUCUUGAACUCUAAUGGGAAUAAUUUUAAUGUGAGCAUCUGGUACAACUCUACUCAUAAGGAUGAGGAUGCUCCUGGUUCAUUCAACUUGCUGCGUGUUCCACGCAUGAUCAAUCUGGUUUCAAAUGCAUAUCUGCAGCUCUUAAAAGGGCCCAGUGCAAGAAUGUCACUUGAGUUUGUCAAAGAAAUGCCGAAACCUGAAACUAACUUCCGGUUGGAUCUAUCAUCUCUUCUGGGCACACUCUUUUUUACAUGGGUCAUUCUACAGCUAUUCCCUGUGAUUUUGACAGCAUUGGUAUAUGAGAAGCAGCAAAGACUAAGGAUUAUGAUGAAAAUGCAUGGGCUGGGUGAUGGGCCUUAUUGGAUGAUUUCAUAUGCAUACUUCUUCGCAAUAUCAUUGUUGUAUAUGUUGGUUUUCGUGAUAUUUGGUUCAGUUAUAGGUUUGAAGUUCUUUACACUGAACGACUACAGCAUCCAAUUUGUGUUCUACUUCAUCUAUAUCAAUCUUCAAAUCUCUUUGGCAUUUCUAGUCGCAGCGUUCUUCUCAAAUGUUAAAACUGCUACAGUUGUUUCCUACAUAUGCGUUUUUGGAACCGGACUUCUAGGUGGUUUUCUUUAUCAGAACUUCCUUGAGGAUGCAUCAUUUCCACGAGGCUGGCUAAAGGUGCUAGAGUUGUAUCCUGGCUUCUCUCUGUAUCGUGGGCUAUACGAGUUUGCCCAGUAUUCUCUAACAGGGAACAAUACAGGAACUGAUGGGAUGCGCUGGGAAGAUUUGAAUGACAGUGAAAAUGGGAUGAAAGAACUCUUCGUUAUCAUGUCUGUGGAGUGGAUUGUGGCACUUUUCGUGGCAUAUUACCUGGACCAAGUGUUGACAUCUGGGAAAAGUCCUUUAUUUUUCUUCAGGAACUUUGGGAAGAAACACCCUGGAUCUUUCCGCGUGCCUAGUCUGAAAAGACAGGGAUCUAAAGUUUUUGUAAAUCUGGAGAAACCUGAUGUUAUCCAAGAGAGAGAAAAGGUAGAGCAAUUGCUGCUAGAACCAAAUGCAACUCAUGCAAUUGUUUGUGACAACCUCAGAAAGGUGUAUCCAGGGAGAGAUGGAAACCCAGCAAAGUUGGCGGUGAAAGGAUUGUCACUUGCGUUACCUAGAGGGGAGUGCUUCGGUAUGCUUGGUCCAAAUGGAGCAGGAAAGACAUCGUUCAUUAGUAUGAUGAUUGGGCUCACGAAGCCCAGCUCGGGUACAGCAUAUGUUCAAGGCUUGGACAUACGGACUCAGAUGGAUUAUGUUUACACCAACAUUGGGGUGUGCCCCCAGCAUGACCUGCUCUGGGAAACUUUGACGGGAAGGGAGCACCUGUUAUUCUAUGGAAGACUAAAGAAUCUGAAGGGUUCCGCCUUGACAAGAGCAGUAGAAGAUUCUCUUAGAAGCUUAAAUCUUUUUAACGGAGGGGUUGCUGACAAACAAGCUGGGAAGUACAGUGGAGGCAUGAAGAGGAGGCUCAGUGUCGCCAUAUCACUGAUCGGGGAUCCCAAGGUUGUGUAUAUGGAUGAACCGAGCACUGGAUUGGACCCUGCUUCAAGAAGUUGUUUAUGGAAUGUUCUGAAGCGUGCAAAGCAAGACCGAGCUAUUAUUCUCACCACGCACUCAAUGGAAGAAGCCGAGGCACUUUGUGACCGGCUAGGAAUUUUCGUUGAUGGUGGCUUGCAGUGUAUAGGGAACCCAAAAGAGCUGAAGGCCAGAUAUGGAGAGACAUAUGUGUUCACGAUGACGACGUCAGCAGACCACGAGGAAGCAGUGGGGCAGAUGGUAGGCCAGCUUUCCCCGAGUGCUGAGAGAACGUACCAUUUAUCUGGAACGCAGAAGUUUGAGAUGCCAAAACAGGAAGUGAGAAUUGCAGAUGUGUUCCGGGCAGUCGAGAUUGCCAAAACCGAGUUCCCGGUUUUCGCUUGGGGCAUCUCGGACACUACCUUGGAGGACGUCUUUAUCAAGGUGGCGACUGCUGCUGCUUAG